AUGUAUAAAUCCUUUAUGUUUGCGGUGGUGAGAUUAUUGUUAGACUCGGAAUUUUUUCCCGAGAUUGUGCCGAAUAUGAUGAAAAUCAAAAGAUUUGUUGAUUGGAUCCCUUCUAUCGAUGCUCUGCAAACUGCUAUUAAAGAAGGUAAAGGAAGCAAAGACACUUUUGCCUAA